AUGGUUCGUUCAUGCUGCGCAAUUGGCUGUACAAAUCGCGAUACCCCAGAGAAUAGAAAGAAGGACAUUACGUUUCAUCAAAUUCCUAAUGACCCUGGUCAAAGAAAGUCAUGGUUAAUUGCCAUUAACAGAUUAGACCUGGAUGGAAAACAUUCCUGGGAGCCAUCAAGUAUCCAGACACUUUGUUCCCAACACUUUCAGGAAGAUGAUUUCAUGAAAUCAAAACAUGCUGGUAACAAAUUGUUGAAAAAGGGCAGUGUUCCAUCCAUUUUUUCUUGGAAGACAUCCGCAAAUGUUAAGGUACUGGUACAGCAGGUUUUAAUAAAUUUCUAG